GUGUGUGUGUGUGUGUGUGUGCGGCCGAUCAUUGUUCUCCCCCAUUUGCCCUUGCCUGAGUCCCUUCCUUGCGCCUGGCCUUCGCCCUGGCCCCUCGUCCUCGGUCGCCGAUGCCCUCGGAGCCGGGCAGCCCGAUGACCGGCAGCAACGGGUCUCUGAACCGCGUGCCACCGGCGGUGGACAUCCCCCGGUCGCCGGCAUCCCCGCACUGGAUGGAACGCUCGCCGGAGGCCAGUCCGCCCGGCGUGGGCGGCAGCCCGAUCGGGCCUGGCGGUGGGAUGUCGUAUCCCGACUCUCCGGCCGGCUCGGGGGCCCCCUGGUGGCCGGAGACCGGCCCCGGGGGUAGCACAUCGGACCUGUCCGAUGCCGGCUGGUCGCCGGGCGACGACGAUCCCACCGGCAGCCGGGCGGCCAUGGACUCGGCGUCCUCGGCCACACCCAUGACCACCGUUCCGGCGGCCUUUGUCACGGUCUCUCCGCAGGACUUCUUGCAAUACCACCGAGCGCCUGGCUCGCGCUCGGACAUGACCAACUACGGGUCGCACAUGCCGGCCGGGACGGUGCAAUUCUUCACCGACUCGGCCGUGCGCCCCUGGCGGGACUACUUCCUUCGGUUGGAGUUCUCCCGCGACACUGCCCUUCCCCACCUGGCGCUAUACCCGAGGCUGAAGUCGCGUCACCCGACCAUCAUCCCCCUAUUUUCGGCAUUGAGAAUUUUCCUGCAUGGCACCCCGCCACCCGGGGCAUCGGUCCAGCUGCGUGACUGCUACUCGGCCGGGGUGCCGGAUGUGCCCCCGCCACGGAACAUGAGCCACUCGCACAUGUUUGCCAUCCAGACAGCCGGGCACCUGCAUCACUUCUGCUCAGUCGACAUGGCCGAGUCCUGGGUUCUGGCCCUGCGGCAGCUGCGCGCGACUGCCCGCUUCCGGGUGCUCGGCCCGCCGCGCGAUCCCCCCCCGCGGGCGGCGUACUAUCUCCCGCCGGCAGCCCAAGCAGAGCCGGCCGUGGCCCCGGCCGCCGAGAGCCCGCUUCCCUCGCCUGCUCCCGGUGCCGGCGAUCUCCAAGUCCCGGUGUUCUUCUUGCCGCCGCACCGCCUGACCGGCGACCAAAUGGUCUCCCUGCGCGUUGGCCUCUCGGUCAUCCGGGCCGCGGCAGCCGACCUGGCCAGCCCGCUGCACCCACCUGCCUUCCAUUUCCUGGACCCGCUGGAGGAGAGCAUCCCGGCGUCGGACUGGCCCUUCGAGUGCCAGCUCUUCAAGCACCUGCCGAUGAGCAUGCUCUGCAGCAGCUCGGCCACCCUGGUCGAGAGUAUCGUCACCAACCUCUACUUCCACUUUGCAUCCUUCAUUGCCUCCUGGAGCGCGUCGACGGGGGACAGGCCGGUGGCGGAGCGUGGCGCGGCCGCCUCUCGCUCGCAAGCAGCCGGCACCAGCAGCCUGGAGGAUGCCCUGCAGUCGGCCCUGCGAGGGUCCGACGUCUCCACCGAUGACGAGACCUUCGGUGGCCCCGGCUCGGACCUGGCGCCCGAAGACAUUCCGCACACCACCGAGGGCCAUUUCGAUGCCUUUGCCGACAGCCACCUCUUCGACAGUUUGCUGCUCAACUCCUCCCUGGAUGAGACCGUCGGCAAAGUCCGUGCUUCCUGGCGUCUGGUUGCCUUCACGGCUGCCUCGCAAUCCUUCCUGUCGAUCACGGACCUGGUCAAUCGCGUAAACACCGACAUCCUGGCAUUGGUCUUUGUGCCGGUGGACCCGCUGUUUGACAGUGUGGCUCUCAUCCCGUUGUCCUUUAGCCGGUCCCAUCCAUGCUUCCAGGACACUGGGGGGUCCGAAUCGCCGACCGACGGGACGAUCUGCUCCUGUGCGCUGGAUUCGCUGUCGCGCCUGCCCCUGCCGGUGUCCACCCUGCAGCGGCUCCUUCAAGCCUCCCCGGGGUCGAUCUCCUGUCCGGAGGGGGCCGUAUCGUCGGUGGGGGCCAUUUGCGAGCGCAGUCGCGAUGUCUUCCUGGUGCUGCGCAUGCGAGCGCCGGUCGGGCUGCCGCCCGUGUCGGCCAUGAUCCCCGAGCAGCCGGUCUCCUCGCGCAACCCCACCCCCCUGGCAUAUGCCCAGCGGAUGGGUGCCCUGCCGGUGACCGGCGACCUGGCCCUGCGGGCGGUUGGGCUGGCCGGGCUGCUUGGCCAGCCGGUGGAUGUGCGCCAGCAGCCGGGGUCGCUCUUUGCCCGGGAUGCGGACCAUGCCGCGGCCAUGGUGUCUCUGUGUCUCGGUGAGUGGGGCGCACAGGCGGUGACGACGGCGGCGGCGGCGGCGGCGGCCGUGUCCGGCGUCGACCCCUUCGCGCCGCUGCAGCACCUCAGCGCCCUUGGCGUGGCGCCGGCCUUUGCCCGGGCAGCGGCCGAGCCGGCCGUCGGUGCGCAGCUCCUCCGUCUGGCUCAGGACACGACGGCCAAGUUCCGCCGGGGGGCCACCUCCGGCGGGGGCCUCCUCCGACGGCAUCGGCUGUUUGGGUCUGGGGCGACGGCGGCCGGGGCGGCCACCGACCCCGAGCUUGAUCCCGGUCGUGGUGGCGCCCCGGCCGGGACGGCGGUCCUGCUGCCGGAUUGCCCGCGCCUGUCCUUCGAGGCGCAGCACUCGCUCUUCCACCUGGUGUUGGGGUACUCGGCGCGGCGGCUGUCGGCCCAUGUGUCCACCCUGCCGCGGGCUCUGCCGAUGGCCGCGGCCCCAGCGGCCACGGUGGCCGCCUCUCCGCCUGCCAGCAUGCCGGGGACCUCGUACCAGCCGCCGGUGGAAUCGCCGCCCGGAUCUCCCGGGCGCCUCUUCGCCGAGGAGGUGGACUCCUCCGCCUCGACGGACCUUGACAAUGGCUCGGGCGAUGAGGGGGCCGACGAUGGCGGGACCACCGGCGAUGGCGAGUUCUCCGACAGUGACACCGAGCCGCCGGCCGGCGAUCCUGCCGGGCCGUCGUCCCCCUCGAGCCCGGCCAUCCUGGCCCCGGUGCGUGGCCCUUCCCCCGGUCCGGCCCCGGCCAAGGCCAGCGCCGGCACCCCGCCGCCGGCGGACCAGCUCUUCCAGCCGGACUCCUCCUCGGAUGAAAGCUGCGCCGAGUCCCUCUUCGAGACGAUCAACCCGCUGGAUGCCGUGCCGCCAGGCGAGGCGGCCCUGCCGCCGGAGCUGCAGCUGAUCCAGCACCAAGACACCGACGAGGACCCGGACGCGGAUGACAUGGUGGAAGAGGCCGGCCCCGGGGUGCUGGACGCCCCGCUGGCGGUGCUGACAUCGCACCGGAGCCGGCUGAAUCUCGUGUCUCAGCCGUCCGGGCCGGCGGUGGCCCCGAGCUCGGUGCUUGGCCCGGCGGCCGAGGAGGCCGAUGGCCCGGGCGCCGGGGCCCCGGUCGGACCGUCGGUCGCGGAGUUGGCUCACAAGCGUCGAGCCGACUUCGCCCUGGAGGUGGCUCAUGGCCAUGCGCAAUCGGCCCGGUGCCUGCGCCGGCUGAUGGAACUUUCGGCGGCUGGCGACCAGCUGCGGCUGGACCCGCAGGCGCUGCUCCUUUCCGCCUGGCAGCACAUCGAGCCCGGGUCCGAGUCCGGGUCCGAUGGUGGGGGUGGCAAUGUGCAGGGCCAUGUGGCCGGGGAGGUGGUGGCCUCGCCGGGCCCCGGGGGGCCGGAGGGCAAGGGCGCCGCCGCCGCCGCCGCCGCCGCCGCCGCCGCCGGCCUGCCGCCGCUGUGCGGGACGGCGCACCUGGCGCUGGAGCGCUCUUCGGCCGGGGGCUGGCGCCGGCCAAUGCCCGGGCCGCAGCGCCCCCCCGGGGCGCCCUUCCUGGCAGCCGGCCUGGCCACCCCCCCCUCGGAGCUGGAGGACGGCUCGGCGCCCGGGGCGUAUGAUGCCAUCCCGGAGCUGGGCCACAUCCUGGGCCUGGAGGCCUUCGAUGCCGCGUGCCCGGCCGGCCUGGGCACAUCCUUCGACUUGACGAUCCACUCGCCGGAGGUGCUGGCCACCCUGCUGCCGGCCGUGGUGUAUCCCGACCUGGCCGGGCGCCUGGCCGGGCACUCGCCACCGAAGGCGGCCCUCCUGGAUGGCGGCUCGGCCCUGGCCACCGUUCGAAUGGCCGGAGCCGGGGCCCGGCUGACACUGCAUGCCGAUGGCCGGUGGAGGUGCUCCUCGCGGCAUCUGCCGGCUGCCGGUGAUCUGCUGUCCUUCUCCGAGGGCCAGCGGCGGCGGGGCUUUGCGGCCCCCUGGCUGCGGGAUCUGUCCUCCGGCCGGCACCGGGACAUCGCGGCCGUGCCGAUCCAAUGUGGCCUGGACUUCCACCGGCUGCCGCUCUUUGCCGGCCAGCCUCCCGGGCACCGGACCAUGGGCCCGGCCUCGACGCCGCCCCCGAGCCCCGGUGGCGAGGUCUUGCCGGAGCCGGCUCCGGAGCUGGCCCGGUCCUGGUGCUGGCUCGGCGUGGCCAGCCCGGGGGAUUUGCCGGCAGCCGGGGCCCUGGACGGCCUGGCCGCUGUGGUGUUGUCCCUGGCCCGGGUGCCGGCGGCCGGCGGGGACACCCCCGGCACCGGGUCCCCUGUUGCCGGGCAGUGGGUGCUGCGCGCGCAUCAUCCGGACACCCUGCUGCUGCUGGCCGGCUGGGACCUGGUGGCCGAGCUGUCGGCGCCGGCCUCGCCGGAGGCCUUGGAGUCGGGGCCCGCCGUCGUGCCCGGUGGCCCCCCCGGGGGGGCGGUCUUCCGCGGGUCCACUCGCCUAGACCGUCUCAGUGCGGCGGUGGAGUCUGCGGUGGCGGCCCUCACCUCGGCGGACUUGUUCCCCGAGCCGUCGGGGGAUGCCCUGUCCUCCUCGGAGGGGGAGGACGCCGAGGUGCAUGCCGAGGGUUCCUCCCCUCGCCUGGCCGGGCCGGGGGCCGCCUCCUCCGGCAGGUCGCCGAGCCUCGAUGCCGGUCCGUCGGGGGACUUGCGCCUGCAUGGGCAAUUCCUGGCUCUCGGGGCGAUGGAGUUCCGGCCGGUGGGCCGCGAGCUGUCGGGGCUUGGCGACCUGCCGCUCCUGUCGCCGGACUUCAGCCUGGCCCCGGGCCCUGCCCCGGCCGAAGUGUGCCCCAUCGACUCGGUGCAAGAUUCGCAGCUCUUGCAGCCCAUCGACCCGGCGAACUUCUUCUCGUCGCUGCUCCGCUCCUAUGCCUUUGUGCUGGACUUCCUGCUUGUGCAGCAGCAGUCGCCGGUGGUCGAACCGGAGUGCCUGUCCAUGUGGAAGUGCGCGUCGGAUGGGGCCCCUGUGGGGCCGGGGCCGGGGCCCUCUCCGGCGGCCGGGCCAGCCUCCGGUGCUCUCGGCGCCUCGGACAAGCGGUCCUUCCUCUCGUCGCUCAUGGACACGGUGUCCGUGGUGCGGCCGGGCUUCGGCGACGGGCCUGCCGGGGGGGACUCCUCCGGCGGUGUCGCUGCCGGCGGUGCUCCCCUGUCACUGCUGUCGCCGGCGGCCGGGCAUCCGGUGCGGUCGGCCCGGGCCUUCGGGCGCCAGUGCCUCUGCCCGGACGCCCUUUCGCGGGAAAUCCGCGCCGGGCUCUUUGACGCCUGUUGCCAAGUCCUGGUCAGCGAUGUGCGCCUGGGCGUUUCCCCCCCGCACGAGGUGCUCCUGGACAGCCCGGUCGAUCUGGCUUGGUGGCAGGCCUGGCAGGCGGUUUUGCUCGGUGCGUCUCCGGACACUGCUGGCCCUGGAGUCAGAGCUCCGGCCGUCCUUCCGUCCGGUCUCCUCGGUCUUUUUUCCUGGCUAUUGGCUGCCCUUUCCCCCCAUCAUUUGCUGUCGUUUCUCACUCCGUCUCACUCCAAUUCCGACACUGCCAGCUAUCGAGCACCUGCCUGGCAUGCGGAUCCAGUACUGGCGACAGGUUCUCGAGCAGAUCCCCUCGCCCGAAGAGCUGGGCUUCUUGGCCGGCCCGGUAGGUGGAUCCACUCCCGAGGCAGGGACCGGCACAUCUCGCACCUUGCGAAGCCUGGCCCUCCUGUCAGGUGUGUCGGCCAUGGGCGGCAGCAGUGGCGGCAGCAGUGGCGGCGGCGGCGGCAGCAGCAAUGGUGGCGGUGCUGCUGGUGGCGGCAGUGGCAGCAGCAGCAGCCCGGCCGGUGCCGCGUCCAGCUCGGCCGCCGACCCGAACAUGGUGGCGGCCAUCGUGCCGGCCACCUGGUACCUGUAUCCCGGGCGCUUGGCCGGGCUACAGCUGCGCACCUUCCUCAGCCACUUGUUGAAUUCCGGCACGCUGGCCCUCUUCUUCAAGAGCCUGUGCGCGGCCCUGGCAAGCCACCAUGGGGCCGUGCCCUUUGCGUAUGGGCCGCGCUCGGUCCUCCGGUCGAAGGACUUCACCCACCGGCUGAUUCAUGUCCUGGAUCACUUCGACACGCUGGCCGUCGGCACCGAGGACUCGCACAUCGCCCCCUUUUGCAGCCUUCUUCGCCCCUCGGGGCACAUUCAGAUGUCCACCACCGUGGAGGCCCGGGCCUUCCGGGGCUUCCGCCCGCGGGCCGGCUCCUCCAUCGAGGCGGAGGCGCAGCUGUCCCCGGUCUGGACGGCCUCGGGCCCCUCUUCCAGUUCUGCGCCUGGGAGUGUCGAUCCCCCGACGAAGGUUAUCGAUCCCCCGACGAAGGUUAUCGAUCCCCCGACCAAGACUGUCGAUCCCGCCGCCGCCGCCGCCGUUGCUGCUGCUGCUGCUGCUGAGGCUGUGGCUCCUGUGGGCUCGAGCUCGGGCCUGGGCCCUCCUCUCCCGGCUGGCGACGGGGCAUGUGGCGCCACCGGGGAGACCCCUUCCAGCUCGCCCUCCCUGCUGGAUGUGGCCCUGGCCCGGGUGUCCAGCAAUGCCGACCGGCUGGUGCUGGCGCCGGAGCCCCCGGUGCCAGAGCCAACCCCGGAGCCGGUGCCUGAGGCUGUGGUCGCGGCUCGGCGCCCGGCGCCGCCGGUUCGCCGGCCCGAGAUUGCCGCCCUGCCGGAGAUCCACCGGGGUGGCUUCAAGGUGGCUGUGCGCCUGGUCCGGCCGGCUGGCCAGGCCUUCGGUCUGGCCUUCGCUCGGGAUAGCCUGCCGCCGGCGGUCCUAUCGGCGCAUGGCGUCGCCGUGCCGGCCCCGGAUGAGGACAGCGAGGAGGAGGAGGAGGACCGGCAUGCCGGCCAGGGGGUCCCGGUGUACCGGGUGUCCCUGGUCCACCCCGGGACGCCGGCCGCCCAAAAUGGCGGGCUCCGCCCGGGUGACACCAUUCUCGCCAUGGGGGGCCGGGGCAUGGUCGGCUUCAUGAGCUUCGAGCCGAUGGAGUUUGUCCUCGGGUCGGCGCUGGAGGUGGAGAUCACGGCCCUCCGGACGCCUUUGUGGCCGGCACCGGUGGCCAUGGGCGGCACGCCGGCGCCGGCCGCCGACGCCAUCCCGGCCGCCGGUCAAAUCCUCGACAGCAUGGCCGGAGCUGUGUCCUCCAGCGCGUCGGAGGUGGUAUCUCUCUUCAACACCGAGGUGUCCUCCUUCCUCAGCCGGUGGCGGCGCUAAUGUGCCGGGCGUGGCCCGGCGCCGUCUCUCACGAAUACACUCCCCUUGCUCUGUGGAA